AUGCUUCUGCUGCCACAAAAUGGAAAACACAAUUUUCAUUGCAAUGUGAUUUUAGCUAUCUCAGUGGCAGGCUACCAACAAGAUGAAGGCUUUGGUGUAAGGACAUGGAAGUGGGUGGGUCAUCUCUGUCCUGAUAAAAAACCCUAUACAGAUAAAAGUAAAGAUAUGGAAGAAGAGGAACGGCGGAGGCGAGAAGCAAUUGCUGCAGCAACUUGUUUAACAGAAGCCCUCGUUGAUCAUCUAAAUGUGGGGGUGGCCCAGGCUUAUGUGAACCAAAGGAAGCUGGACCACGAGGUGAAGACACUGCAGAUCCAAGCUGCUCAGUUUGCCAAGCAAACAGGCCAGUGGAUCAGCAUGGUAGAAAACUUCAAUCAAGCUCUGAAGGAAAUUGGUGAUGUGGAGAACUGGGCACGGAGUAUCGAGAUGGACAUGCGGACCAUUGCCACCGCUCUGGAAUAUGUUUACAAAGGGCAGCUGCAGCCUUCCACUUCCUGAUCCAGAUGCCAGAUUCUAUUGGUCACCAGAAUUGCAUCUCUCAUGCUAUGUUGCCAACUGAAGGCAUGUCAUGGCAGAGUCCUUGCCUGCAACCUCUUCCUCUAGUUCAGUGACUAUUCUUCUGCAGCACUGAAUAAGCUUUCCCCCUCCUUCCCCGGCCCAUUUAGAUGGCAUAAGAGGCGCCAUUGGGUCUUUUGCUUUGGCUGAGUAUCCAUGGGCAGCUGGGAGGAACCAUGAAACACUGGCAUGGAAGUGCCCAUACCCACACGGACAGGAAAAGAAGCCAUGCUUUUUCCAUGCAAGCUGGAUCAGUCUGUGCUAUGAAGUUAGAAAGAAUGAAAUAAAAGCAGGUGGCUUAAUUACA